GGCUUGGAACAGAGUACUGGUCUAAACGCAGACUCGGCGUCUCAUGCCUGAGCGCCACGAGCCACCAGCAUGUUGGGGGGAUUUGCUCUCCAGACAGACAAAAAGGAGUCUCACGCCACAAAGCCUUGUUUUACAGAUGAAGCAGUUCAGAGUUUACUCUACAAGAUGACAGGGUUGGAUUUACAGAAGAUUUUUAGACCCCUUAAACAGGAGCUUAAACCACCCACGUACAAAUUAAUGACAGAAAGUGAGCUAGCGGAGGCCACAAGAAAAGCCAUUCAGGAAGCUAAAGAACUAUUAAAAAUGUCCCCUGUUCUGAGUGAGCGAGAGCCAAUUGAUGAUGUGUUAGCAGAAGACAGGAUCCUAGAAGGAACUGAAACUGCCAAAUAUGUGUUUACUGAUAUAACUUACAGUACACCACACCGUGAACGUUUCAUUGUAGUUAGAGAACCAACUGGUGUGUUACGUAAAGCCACCUGGGAAGAACGGGACAGGAUGAUACAAGUGUACUUCCCAAGAGAGGGACGCAAACUUGUUCCACCACCAAUAUUCAAGGAUGAAAAUCUUUUGACUGUGUUUCGUGAGGAUCGUCAUGAAGAUAUACUUAACCUAUGCAUUGCACAGUUUGAGCCAGAUUCAGCUAACUAUAUCAGAGUUCAUCAUCGGACAUAUGACGACAUUGAUAAACAUGCCAAAUAUCAUCUUCUACGUUCAACAAGACACUUUGGAGGAAUGGUUUGGUAUCUAGUAAAUAGGAAGAAGACCGAUGGCUUAUUAAUAGAUAUGAUUCAGAGAAAUUUAAUGGAUGAUGCAACAUGCUUAGUCAGCCUCUAUCAUAUACUCCAUCCCGACUGUCAGUCAGCAAAAGCAGCAAAAGACCAGGUACUUCAUGGAGUCGAUUUAAUCAAGGUGUUCAUGAAAACAGAAUCAAAUAGGAUUGGAUAUAUAGAACUGGCUCUUCAAGCUUAUCAGGAAGCAUUGGCUAGCUCAGCAGCUUUGUGAAAGACUGGAUUAAAUAAGUUUUAAAUGUCAGAUGUUUUGUUAUGUUAACACAUGGGAAGUACAAACUGUUGCUAAUGCUGUAUAGAACUCUAAAAUAAAACAACCAACUGAG